CACAUCCAUAAAGCCUCCAGUCAUCGCACUCCGCAACGACGCUCGACCUUACCGAUAUUCUACAUCGCCAAAACACCCGCAAAUUUGUCGCAACGAUAUUCGCUUGCAUCAACAACAUUCACAUUACGAUACCGAUACCAACGACCCCUUAAUCACCAUGAGAUUCCUCCCCUUCAUCGCCGCUGCCCUCGCGGUCGUCCCCGGCGCGCUCGCCGUCGACCAGAAGAAGUCGGCCAUCGUCUGGUUCAACGACGAGUCCACUCCCGACUCCGUCGUCAACGAGGUUAAGGACUCCCUCAUCAAGGCUGGCGGCAAGAUCACCCACAUCUACACCAUUAUCAAGGGAUUUUCCGUCAUCGCACCCGAGAAGGCACUCGAACUUGUCCGGACGUCACACGCCGAUCACCAGAUCCAGGUCGAGGAGGACGAGGUUGUCUCUGUAUCCUAGAGAAGGGGAUGCACUACCGGUUGAUGCGCCGAGUUGAUGAGUACUUGGAGACACGAUGACAGCAAGCCUUUGAUUUCGCGUCUGCCGACUUGGCAGCAGUCAGGAUUAUUGAUAUCCUUGUUUUGGCGUUACAGGAUGGGAUGCGUUGGCAUGGAACUUGGGGAAACAUUCGCUUUCAGAUUCAACAUGAGCCGGUCAUUGUAAUGCCCUCACGGGCAAAUCAGGCCUUGGUCUAUGUAUGUAAAGUACGCCAUGCUCUAUAGAACAGGAAGUACAGAAUACACAGGCAUACAGCAAGCCUACACGAUGUUGGGCAUCGC